AUGAAAGGCCAAGUUAGCAGUGACGAUGACUACUCGUCCGAUGAGGAAACAAACCAGGUAUUAAUAGCAACUAAGAAAACUACUGGGAAGGAUGCUUUCGAUCAAACAGAGGAAUCUGGAGACGAAAAUAGCGAUGAAGAACAUCAAGCUUUAGAUUCAGAGGAUGAGGAGGUUGAGGAGGAGAAAGAAGAUACCAAAGAAGCCGCAGAUGAACAAGACGAUCAAGAACAUACAUCAAACGAGGAAAUUGAUGAAGACCUUGACCUGGAGCGGCUAAAGAAGGAAAGACUCGAAAGACUAAAGAAAAUGCGGACGGUGAAUAAGGGCAAACAUAAAACCGGUGUCGUGUACCUUUCCAAGAUCCCUCCAUACAUGAAGCCAGCAAAGAUGAGACAGCUGCUCUCGCGGUUUGGAGACGUAGACCGGCUGUUUCUGAAACGCGAGGACGACCAGAAACACAAAACUAGAGUUCGCGGUGGAGGAAACAAGAAAGUGAUGUUCGAAGAAGGCUGGAUCGAGUUUGUGCGCAAGAAGGACGCCAAGCUGUGCGCGGAAACUAUGAACGGAAACAUCAUCGGCGGGAAAAAAGGUAAUUUCUACCACGACGACGUGAUGAACGUGAAGUAUCUGUCAGGCUUCAAGUGGGCAGAUCUGACAGAGCAGAUUGCUCGCGAAAAUGACAUUCGUCAAACCAAGCUUCAACUAGAAGUAUCACAGGCCAACAAGAUGAACGCAGAGUUCAUUCGGAACGUCGAAAGAAGCAAGAUGCUUGACAACAUACGGGCAUCGAAAAAGCGCAACAGUCCGGCAACAAAAGGGGAAGCCGCACAGGAUGGAAAAAGCGACCACGUAUUCAAACAGCGCAGGGUGACUACCAACCGCGCAGCAGGCCCUGAAAAGCAUAAACAGGCCUCAUCUGAGCGUUUAAAUACCGUCAUAGAAAACUUGUUUUGA